CAGUCCUCCAUCUACUCAUGAGCUUCCUAAGGCGGGAUUGCAUCUCCAGCUGACAUUUCUCUUUAUCUGACUUGUUUGCGCACGCUGUGUUCCUUUCGUACUCCUUUGUUGAGCUUCUCAAGAGCCUUCCUACCACCAUUCAAAAGCCCGAUCCUUCGCAUCACAAUCGGCUCACCUUUACGGCACUUGAUGCCUUCGAUUCUCUGCAUGCACUGAUUUGAGAAUCGUCUAUCUUGCCCAGCGAGCUUGGACAUGACGGUGGAUGGUCCGCGCAGCGCUCUCGGCGCAGUCUACGACUGAAUAUCUCCAUCGAUGCCGGGCGUUGUCGAAACACCGGGCGGGCCUACGCCCUCAGGCCCAGGAUAUUCGGUUGCGCAUCAGAAGGUCGAGCUGGAGAUUGAUUUUGCGACUAAGAGCCUGAAAGGGAAAACGGAGAUAACCAUUCAUCCUCAUCACAGAGAUCUCAGGGCCAUUUGCUUGAAUUUUCGGCAAGGAGAUAUUAAACGAUUGACUGUGAGCGGGAAACCUUCGACACUAAAACAUAAGGACCCAUAUGAGUCGCUGCAGCUUUAUGGACCCCAAUACCAUCAGCGGCUAUUCUCCAAGAUCGACAGUGCCACGAAGUAUCCACCGGAACCUGACCUCCUUGUUGCGAUACCGAAAGGCGUCCGAAUCGAUGAACUUGACCCGUUUUCGAUAGAAAUGCAGAGUCAAAUGACAUUGCGUGCUACGGGUUCUGCUGAGGAGGCUGACGGGUCGUUCAGUGCUAGACUUGUGGAGUCGGCCCUGCCGCGGUUCACAGCGAUAACAGUGGGCAUCGAAUUCACAAUCGACCAUAUACGGGAUGGAUUGCAAUUUGUUGGGAUCGAGAAUGGCGAUUUGCGUUAUCCACAUGCCUACACGACAAACUCUCCGGGAUACAGCGCCGGAUGCCCUCUGUUUCCCUGCAUUGACGAUCCUUCUUCGCGGUGUACUUGGGAAUUCUCAAUCAGAUGCCCAUGCACUCUGGGUGACAUGUUUGAUCGCAAGUCUUGGGAUUCGUCGAAGCCGAACUCCACAAGAGGACAUUACAUAUCUUCUGACGAUGAGACAUUAGACGUAUCGGUGGUUUGCUCAGGAGAAAUGACGGACGAAAUCGUCGAUCCGCACGACAAUACGAGGAAAACAGUGUCAUUUGCAUGCACGUCGCCCCUCUCAGCGCAGCAGCUUGGGUUUGCUGUGGGCCCCUUUGAAUGUGUUAACCUAUCGGAAUUUCGGGAAAGUGAUCAGGACGAACAGUUGGGCCAAAAUGCUAUUCCCAUACAUGGCUUUUGUCUGCCUGGAAGAGCGGAUGAAGUGAGAAACACUUGCUUUCCGAUGGCAAGGGCAAUUGAUUUCUUAUCCCUGACCUACGGCUCGUAUCCAUUCGCGAGUUACAAGAUUUGCUUCGUAGAUGAUAUCCCAGAAGAUAUCGUCCCGUCCGCCUGGCUGUCGAUCUGCAGCAACCACCUACUUUUCCCCGAAGAAAUAAUUGACUUGAUGUACGACUCAACACGAGCCCUGGUCCAUGCUUUGGCUUGCCAAUGGAUUGGGGUCAAUAUUAUUCCCAAGGAGCCUACGGACACUUGGGUCACCGUAGGUGUUUCGUGGUAUAUCACAGAUACGUUCAUGAGGAAGCUUUGCGGAAACAAUGAAUAUCGAUUUCGCCUCAAACAGAUGUCAGAUAGGGUUUGUGAACUUGAUUAUGAACGGCCUUCGAUACAUGAUAUGGGGAACAUUUUGAAACUGGAUCCCUCCGAAAUCGACUUCAUUGCCCUCAAGGCUCCUUUGGUCCUGUUCAUUCUUGACCGGCGACUUACGAAGGCUAGUGGAAAAGCAACGAUGUCUCGCAUUGUUUCACGGCUUUUCUUGAAUGCGCGAACGGGCGACUUGCUUAACGGAGCUGUUACCAGUUCUCUGUUCCAGAAGACGUGUGAGCGUCUUGGGCACGCAAAACUCGAUUCCUUCUUCCAGCAAUGGGUGUAUGGAGCUGGAUGUCCCCGCUUUCAAGCUACGCAGAGGUUCAACAAAAAGAAGCUGGUUGUUGAAAUGAUGAUCAGGCAGGUUCAAUCUGAACAGCAUAGCAACCGUGAUCUAGAACAGAAUUCAUUCAUGCGUGAUGUGAAGGAGGAAAUUCGAGGAAUCUAUGCUGGUACUGUUCAGCCGGUCUUUACGGGGUCGAUGACCAUUCGAAUCCACGAAGCCGAUGGAACGCCUUACGAACACAUUGUGGAAAUCAAAGAAGGCGUGACGAAGUUUGACAUACCAUAUAAUACAAAAUAUAAGCGGUUGAAGCGGAAUAAAAGGCAGAAAGAACGUGCGGCUGCUACUGUGGGAGCUGAUCCGAACACAGAAACCCAGGAGGACGUUCUCCUCUACUGUCUUGGAGAUGUUUUACAGACAGAGGAAGAGUUACAUGAGUGGAGACUUGCGGACUGGAGCAAGGAGGAUGAGGACCGCAUGGGGCAGGAGUCCUAUGAGUGGAUUCGCAUGGAUGCUGACUUCGAGUGGAUCUGCAAGCUUUCUCUGGUGAUGCCCGGAUAUAUGUAUCUCUCCCAGCUGCAACAAGAUCGGGAUGUUGUGGCUCAGUAUGAAUCCAUUCAGUAUAUGGCAGCUCAGCGAGAACAUCCAUUAAUAUCGACGAUAUUCGUUCGAACUUUAAUGGACCGCAGAUACUUUUACGGAAUCCGUGCGGCUGCUGCGCAGGCGCUGGUCAAGCAUGCUAAAGAAGAAAUCGAUUGGCUAGGGCUGUUUCAUCUCGAAAAGGCCUUCCAAGCUCUCUUUUGUCUACCGGGUUCACCGAUGACCCGUUCAAAUGACUUUUCUGAUCGAGCUGCUUACAUUCUUCAGAAAGUCAUACCGGAGUCUAUCUCGAAAGUGCGCGACAACAAUGGGAAGACUCCAAUGAGAGUAAAACGGUUUCUCUACGACAAGUUAAAAUUCAAUGAUAACUCCAACAAUGAGUACUCGGACAACUUCUACGUGGCUAGUCUGAUGGAGUCACUUUGCAAUACUCUGCUUGGAAAGGUCGAGACCAGGACGGAGGAUAUCAGUGAUUUUGACAUGCAGCGGGUCCUUGAUGCCCAGGCAGAGGAAGAUCUAGAGAAAGACUCCAUAGCCGAGAUUGACAGGUAUCGGAGAAUGGAUGAAUGGUCAAGUUCCUUCCAGAACGUCUACACGCGAGCUGCCCUGCGAUGUCAAAUGCGACUGAUGCAGGCGAAUAUUUUGGAUCUUGACCCGAUGCAAUUCCUUUCGUAUACCCGGGCUGGAACCUAUGACCUCCUACGAGCGGAUGCUUUCGAGUGUCUUGUCGAACUUGGCAUAUUCAAUAACCCAGAAAUUUUGAAGUGGCUCAUCUAUUCCAUGUCAAGUGAUAACUCUCAAUGGUUUAGACGACGGCUACACACUAUGUUCGGUAGAGCUCUCGCUUCCAUAGCCUUCUUCGGCACAGGUCGCAAAGAAGAGCCAUCCGCCCAAAUAGAUGGCCUUGUCAUCGAGCAGGAAGGGUCAACUGAGGUACGCCAGGCAGAUCUCGCACGAAGGAAGACCAUUACAGGAGCGUUAGAGGCGCUCAAGAGAGAAGUGUCGGGAAAUGUCGCCUUGAAGGAUUCUCUAUGGGCUGCGUCCAAUUCUCCGUCCAUUGGGGUGCUUGAGCUCUCUAAUUUCGUUGAUCUAUGCAAAGUUCUAUAUGACCCCGUCAGUUCCUGUGUGAUUGCAUUGAAGUAUCCACGGUACUGGAGGGUGCAGCAUCUUGGCAAGGGACGAAUGCGUUUCUUCAAAUCGAACCGUAUUCGAACAAAAUUUGUCAAAGACCACACUUCAACCCCAGCAAAACGCAAGAGAGACGAACAGGGAACGCCGCUGCCAGGCCCUAAGAUCACUUUCAAGCAAUCCAAGCAUGCCGUGGGCACUCCCUCCGGGCGACCCAUCACCAAGCUACGUAUCACCAAUCUUCCUCCUCCGCCUCCAGCUCCUCCAGCUACUCCAACCCCAGCAACAACUCCUGGUGGUGGGCUGAAGCUGAAGCUGAAGCUUGGACAAACCCCAAGGUAAUUUGAUAUCUGAGCAAUAUAUCCUCCUUUUUAUGUUUUCUGUACCUAUACACUUUUCUUUUCCGGCUGCAAGUUUUGCAACAAGGGAGUGGAUUCAGGCUAGGGUUCAGGUGCAUGCAUGGUUUCUCACUGGCUCCUUCUUCCUCUUCUGGGCAAUUUUCCUGUUGCUUUCGCAUGGCGUUUCUAUUUCUUCAAAUCUGUGGGGGUGGCGGUACCGCACUUUAUGCUACUGUGGAUGAUGAAUCAUGUUCGCCCAUCAAUCAUCGGCCUGUCGCUGAGGCAGAAGGCAACUAAUUAGCUUCUAUUUGUUCUUACACUACGAUAAAACACAUUUCGGGAACAACCCCCGCAUGUUGCAAAGAGGGCAC